AUGGAGCCUUUUCGUCUCACGGCGACCGACGUGUUGAAGGAGAUCAAAGCUGGAAAGCUCACAGUAGAAGAUUAUGCGAAGUCACUAUUAUCUCGCAUCGAGAAGAGGGACGACCAAGUGAAGGCAUGGGCUUAUCUGAACCCUGAGCUGGUGAUCAAGCAAGCAAAAGUGCUUGAUCAAAUACCGCCCGAUCAACGUGGACCUCUUCAUGGUGUCGCUGUUGGAGUGAAAGAUGUCAUCUAUACGAAGGACAUGCCUACCGAACAUAACUCUCCAAUCUAUGCAGGAGAUGCGCCACAGGUCGAUGCAGCAUCGAUCAUGAUUCUGCGGCAGGCUGGUGCGCUCAUUUUGGGCAAGACAACGACUACAGAAUUCGCAGCUACAGUUCAAGGCCCCAAGACGCACAACCCACACGCUCCAUUCAGGACACCUGGUGGCUCGUCAUCUGGUUCUGGCGCAGCAGUAGGCGACUUCCAAGUACCCAUUGCGCUGGGCACGCAGACCGGCGGCAGCACAAUCCGCCCGGGGUCUUUUAAUGGCAUCUAUGCUAUGAAGCCGACCUGGGGAGCAAUCAGCAGGGAAGGGCAAAAAAUCUACUCACUCAUCCUGGAUACUCUUGGGUUGUACGCACGUAGUGUCGAGGACCUGCAACUCUUAGCUGAAGUAUUCGCACUGAAAGACGACGAACCGAGUUCUACGGAGGGUAGGAUCGAGUCCGGCUUCACGCUGAAAGGUGCAAAGUUCGCAUUGGUAAAGACAGUGGUGUGGCCACAAGUGGGCCCUGGCACAGCUGCAGCGAUGGAAAAAGCAGUCAAGCUUCUGGAGGCGCAUGGAGCAGAGGUCGAGGAAGUGGCAUUGCCCCGCGAGUUCGACGAAUUACCAUCCUGGCACAGGAGCAUAAUGUCAGCAGAUGGACGAGUAGCCUUCUUGCCAGAGCAUCGAGUGGCGAAAGAGAUUCUCGACGAAUCCCUUGUAGGACAUGUUGAGAACGUGAAGAAGAUUUCAAGGGCGGAUCAACUCAAGGCCUUCGACGGCAUUGCGGCGUUGAGGCCCAAGAUCGAUGAAUUGGCAGGACAGUACGCGGCAAUUAUCACACCAAGUGUGCCUGAUGAGGCCCCGGAGGGAAUAGAGAGGACUGGAAGCGCUGCGUUUUGCAGUAUAUGGACGGCUCUCCACGUCCCUGUGGUAAAUGUCCCGGGUUUCCAGGGCUCAAAUGGCUUGCCAAUUGGCUUAUCUCUCGUAGCUCCAAGGUACCGGGAUCAGCACCUGCUAGCAGUAUGCAAAGAGGUGGGCAAGGUCUUCGGGGAGGAAGGGGGCUGGAAAUCUAGCCUUUAG